AUGGCUAUGGUCAAUUCUAUGUGUGUGAGUUAUGGUCGUGGAAAAGCAUUAAUUCGACAGCGUCAAAAAUUUUUCAAAAAUAAAAUUGUUAAUUAUAAAAUUCAAGUUGAACAAUAUGAAAAACAAGCACCCUUAUCCAUCGAUUUAAAAGAACUUGAACGUAUGAUCAAUAAUUUUAUUAAACAAGAUCAAUAUCGAUUACCCAUCGAAUUAGAACAACAACGUCAUAUGUUAAAAUUUGAUGCUCAAGAUCAUCGAUUAGUCGAAACUUUCUAUCAAUUGAAUGCAAGAAAAAUUGAGAUCUCUUCAACUAAAACAAUCUGGAAAGCUACUCAUCAUUAA